UCUUCACCUUUGUGUUUGUUAUUGUUUAAUAAGAAUCACCUUUCUGUUUACACAGAGCCAUGUUUACAUAAAACUCCAAAGAGAUCACUGAGUAGGAAAUCCAGAAUACCCACCUUCAGCUCACCAGUUAAUGACACUGAUAUACAGCAAGAAAUCUUUUGGGAUCCUCAUUCACCAAUUGCACGUGGACUAGGCAAAGAAAAAACCAAACAGCUCACCAGUAGAUGUGCAGUAGAAAUUUCAGAAAUUGUUAAUAGGAUUGCUCCUCAGGAUGAAAAAGCAGCCUGUAAUGAAGGCUCCCUUCUAGGGACAUGGAUUGGUGAGGAUGCUAUUCCCUGCACACCUGGAGUAGUGAAAGUGCGAGGCAGGACCAAGUUAUGUUGUACAAGAGAUCUUAAAAUAAAAAGUCCUGAAGAGGAGCUCAUGAAGUUGGCCAAGGAAUUUGAUAAAAAUCUGGUAGAGCUAGAUGCUGUUCAUGAACAAGAGAAGCUUAGUCAUGGCUUUAUCCAGACCACCUCCGAGUCUUUAAAUAAUUACAAAGAUGAAUUAAAAAUCAAGAACCUGAAAUCGCUCCUUGAUGAAGUUUCUGCAACAGGUACUGCUCUGUCUCUGAAACCAGUUGGAGAAAGUACUGGCAUCCCUACAGUAGAGCCUUGUCAGUCUAGCAGUCAAAAGUCUAUAGACCUCGAGGCUGAAAUAGCCCUCCGUGCUCUUUUUGAUUGUUCUACCCAGAAGUGUAGUGGACAGUUAAGCCAAGGGCUGUCAGGUAUUUCUCUAAAUAACAGUUUCUGUGAAAACAAAAGUAUCUUGGAGAUUGACCACCUUCCUGAGCAAAUUAAAAAUGUGCAAAAUGGUAGAUCAAGUGCGUGUCGAAAAGAUACCCUACGUGCACUAGGAAGUGUGAAACAGACUUUUCAAAAAACUGAUACUCACACACUGACAAAAAAAAACUCUUCUUUGAAGACAGACUUGGUGGUCUCCAGUAAGCCUGCUGGAGUAGUUAAUGAUGAUUUUGAUGACUGGGAUACAGAUUUUUUGGCAGAUGACUCUUUUGUGAUGCAAAUAACCCAAAAUCCCGAGUUGAUAAAUAUUGAAGAAGCUCCACCAAUUCCUAUAAAUCCAUCUGUGCAGGGUUUCAGUGAUGCCAGCAGAACAAAGGAAAGAAGUAAUUCUACUUCAGUAAUUUGUUUGGAGAGCGUACACGAAUCUAACAGUUUCCAGUUUUCACCUUCAAAGCAUCCUAGUAAAAAUGCACAAAAUGUUGCAAAAUCUCUUUCUUUACGAAAGCCUUAUAAUAAGAUGGAAAACUCAAAGAUGGCAAGCAUGGAUUCUGCUUGGAGGAGUGCCCCCAACAACGAUUUUAACUGUAUUCCUGUUUCAAUGAGAUCUCAAGCGAAGAAUGGAAAUGGAACUGUUGAGUCUAAAGGUAACCUUGUUCCUCUUUGUUCUUCAAGAUCUAAUUCUCGUAGACCUCAGACUGAAAAACCUGGGAAUAACACACACGUUGUUUUCUGUGAAUCAACCUGUGUUUCUACCAACACGAAACCUAAUGUCAGUACUGGUCACUUAAAUCCAGCUGAAACACCAAAGAAAUGUUCUCUGUCAUUUGAUGACUGGAAUGAACCAAAGUUCUCUGAUGAGGUUUUAGACAUGUUUUGUGAAUCUGAUAGUCUUUGGGAUGCAAACUGUGAGGACGACGAAUUAUUGUAUCAAGUAUGUGAUGAUGUAGAAAAGCAGACUCAGAACCAGGAUGUUAAACAAGGAAGCGAAAGAACUAAAACGAUACAAGGAGCCAGUAUUCAAUCCAGAUCAAAUGCUGACAGUGGCUUUGCAGCAUCUAAACAAGGACUGUCUGAUCACCCCUUGGCACAACAAAGAAACGCACAGCAGGAUGGUCAUUCACUAGACAACUCUAGGAACUUCUCAAGGGUUACACAUGGGCUGACUGCAACAGGGCAUGUAGCAAACUGUAAAAAUGUACCGAGUCCUCUAACAGCAACCUCUGGUACUUCAGUGAAGAGUAAAUACACACUGUCAAAAAACUAUCAUCAAGCUGCUUCCGAAGAUACUAGAAAGAAUGCUUCAGGAAAAUGGCACAGGUCAAAUUCUGUGCCAGCAAAAGAAACUAGUUCUGAAGCAAGCCCAGCUAAUGCGAUGAACAUUUUUUGUAGCAAAUCGUUAGAGAGCCAACAUCUUUUGUGUAAUAAAGGAAAGAUGCCAAAUAACAGUUCCGGUAACAGCAUGUCACUUCUGCCUUCAAAGUUUAAGUUUCGAAAGACUGACAGCUCUCAGAGUGCUCUUCAUGUAGGGCCUGAAAAUCCAGGGAGUCAUUCUGGCAUUGGAAUUGCUCUUCAGGGUUUGGAAGGAAGUAAGAAUCAGGUGAAUGUGACCUUGCAUAGCAAGCCUGAAAAUACAAAACCACCUUUCAAGAGGCACCUUUCAGAGUCUUUUGCAUUGCCUGCAUCAGCGUCUAUGGUGGAACAGAAACACAGAAAAUGUUCUCAAGAAGAAAUUGAGAAAAAACAAGAAGCUCUUGCACGAAGGAAAUCCAGAAUGCAGGCAUUCUUAAAAGAUGCUUCAGUUUGACUGGAGUUUCUAAGUUCUUGGGAGGGCAAUGUUGUAACGAUGGAAGACAUUUUAAGCUGCACCCACAGUUGCUGACAGCAAGCUUUUCUUAUUUCUUGGUUUAAAAAAAGAUCCUGAUCCUGAACCGUAACUAAUAUUCUGGUGGUAUUUAGUCUUAACUAAAACAUACCUGUGGGAAACGUGUAGUCCCAAACUGUCCUCAAAACAAUGAAUUUCAAGGCUUUUUGAGUUCCCAUUCUGUUACGCAUUGAAGUUACAUGCUCUAAAAAUCAUGACCACGUGAAAAAAUUGUGUACGCUAAUAAGUUAGAGGCUUCAAAAAUGGGCUGUAUGUAUUUUGGCUGUAUUUCUUUUAUUGGAAAUAUUUUAAACUAAAGGAAGACACUCAAGCACACACAGACAAAACAAUACUUGUGUUUGCUCUCAAGGGAAAUUUCUAAAGUUUGAGUUAAAAUAAGUUCAAACUAGAAAACGUCCACUAAUGGGAAAAGUAAUAGAAAUGAAUAGGUUUUGGAAGCCUUCAUCUGUUUGUCUGUUACCUUUAGGCAAAAAUUGUGCAUGGUGAAGAAAGGGUUUAAUAUACAAAUUUCAUGAGGUGAAAUAACAGCAUGGGAAGAACACUUUUGUUUUUAAUUUCCUCUAUGAAGAGAUGGAAUUAUACUACCUAAUAAAAUUAGUCCAUUUUUUUUUUUCUUAACGUGUAUUACAAGCUAAUUAGAAAAGGAAGCCUGUGUCAUUGUACCAAGCCAUAAGCAAUACAAAAUGCACCAGGUGAAAUGUCACCAACUGUGAAUCAGUUUAGCGUGAUGGUUAUACAUAUUCUUCAAACUAAAGUCUGUUAAAACAUAAUAAUGCAAUGUCAUGUCAGCUUAACGGGGGCUGAUAGAAUUCUCAAUGUGAUGGAUGGGUGCAGAGCUCAAACUGCAAAAAGUGCCUGUGGGUAAGCUGUGAGAUGUUUUUUAACUGAGGGAUGCUUACAUGUAAACAUUGACACUAUGAAAAGUGACUGUGAUUUUUUUCUUUGUAAAUAACUAAUUUUGAAAUGUACCAAAGGUCAGAUGAAGCUUUUGGUUUCUGUUAAAGUACCAUUUUUGUAACUUUUGAAAAUGUAAGUAUUGUAUAUUUGUAAAUUGUCAUUAAACUUUUUUUUUUUU